AUGGGCUCCUUUCUUGAACAGUAUGAGACACUCGACAUCAUCGGCAACGGCUCCUUUGGAAUCAUUCGGAAGGUCAAGAGAAAAUCCGACGGACAUGUCUUUGCAAGAAAGGAGCUUAACUUUGAGAAGAUGACAGAGCGCGACAGGAAGCAGAUAGUCGCUGAAGUAAACAUUCUCAAAGAGCUCCAUCACGACCACAUUGUCCGAUACUACGACCGAUAUGUCGACCGUGAAGCUGGCAUCCUCUACAUCGUCAUGGAGUACUGCGGCGGUGGUGACCUUUCCUCCAUCAUCAGGCAAUCGCAACGCCAUAACCGGCCAAUACCCGAGGACACGAUAUGGAACUACUUUAUGCAGCUCUUGCUCGCUCUCCAGCACUGCCAUCACCCGUCAAGCAGUAGCCGUGGCGGUAACACGGCUGGAGGAGAAUGCGAUGGCAAGGAGAAGCGGUCGCAGAUAUUACAUCGGGAUUUGAAGCCAGAUAACGUCUUUCUCGACGAAGCGAAUAGGAUCAAGCUCGGUGACUUCGGCCUCUCGAAAGCCCUCUCCCAGAGCAGCUUCGCCAACACUUACGUCGGCACGCCAUACUACAUGUCGCCUGAGCUCACGCAGGGUAAAGCCUACGACUCAAAGUCGGACAUCUGGUCGCUGGGUUGCCUCAUCUACGAGCUCUGCGCACUCAAGCCUCCCUUCGCCGAAGCCAAGACGCAAAGCGAGCUGAGCGCAUUCAUCAGGAGCGGUCGCAUCCCGUCAUUGCCCAGAGAGUACAGUCAGUCGCUGUGGACUGUUAUUAAAGCCAUGCUUAAUCUCAACCCCGCUAUGCGGCCAUCAGCAAAUCAGCUCCUGCAGCACGAGCGACUCGAGCUUGCAGUCAAGGUCUCAGAGACCGAGCAAAUGUUGACUACAGUCAAGAACCACCGCGCUGCAAUCGUAUCGAAAGAGCGCGAAGUCGCCACCCGAGAAGCCGCUGUUGCCGAGCGCGAAGCCCGCCUCGCAACCGCCGUCGCCGAGAAAGAAGCCGAAGUCCGCCGCCUCGAGGAGCAGCUCACACACCUGUCUCAACAGGCACAGCAGGCCGCUGCCGCUGCUCAGCAACAACAAGCCCCGCCUGAAAGUGUCAUCGAGGAGCGCAUACGUGAGGCAAUCGCGAAGCGGGAGGAGGAGCUGCGUGUGGCGGUCAUAAAGCGGGAAGAGGAGGUUGCACGGGCGAUCGCGCGGCGCGAGGAGGAGAUUAUGGAGGCGGUGCGGAAGCGCGAGGCGGACGUGUGCGAGGCGUGGAUGAAGCGCGAGGAACAGAUUAGGGUGGAGAUGGCACAGACGAUGGAGGAGCGCACGGGGUGGAUACAGCAGCGCGAGCGGGAUAUGCAGGCCGAGCGCGAAGAGUUCGAGAAGGUGCGCAAGGAUUUGGAGGAGCGAGUGAGGGCGAUGGGUGAUAGUAAUCGUAAGGGACAAAAAGAGAAGACACCGCUCGAGGAAGUCAAGAACCUUCUGGUCCCGUUCAAUCAGUUGACAGACGAGCAUUCCCGCGUUGCCACCAUCCAGCCCAAGCCUGACGUCCCCACCCACGAUGUCAAGACGCCCGUACCGCAGCAUCGCACAUUGGCACGCGACAUGCCCAUGCCAGCCUCAGCGAUGAAGGGCGUUGUACUCACGAGCACCGGGCAGCCGCUCAGCACCCCCACCCCCGCCGAACUCGCAAACCUGUUCGUCAACUCGCCAAGGGUCGGAUUGGACUUUGGCAAGAUUUUCGAGUUCGAGUCGGAUCCGGAAACGGAUGAGGAGCGCGAUGGCGAUGAGGGCCUGGGCGACGACGAUGACCUGCCGCCGAGUCCGUCCAAGCGCCCGAAUCCCCUCGACGCGGACACGACGAUCCAUGCGCCCGUGCAUGUCCCGGCGCUAGGCCGCAGGCGCUCGAGGGACCCGUCGCCGGCGCUCAGCGCGAGUCAGAGGCCAAUGCGGAUGCACAGACCGUCGUUGGUUCGUGGUGGUGCCUCAGGCUCUGGUACAGGCACAGGCACUGGUUCUGGCACUGGUUCUGGCUCUCGGAGGACAUUCACAAGAGCCGCGACAAUGCCCGCGUCGUCUUCGGAGCCGAUCAGCAUCGCACCCAACCCGUCGGCUGCGGCGCAGAGUGCGAGUGCGAGCACGCGGGUGUCCAGAAGCGUGAACGGCGCGAAGAGGCCGGUGUCUGCCACCAUCACCGCGUCGGUCUCGGCUACCACUGUUUCUGCCAGUGCGAAAGGCUCGACGGCAGGUGCUUCUUCGCAGCCCGCCCCGGAGUAUGACCUUAGCGACGAAGAGAACCUUCCCUCUCCGUUCCUGAAGCGCGUCGAGCGCGAGCGCGGGAUGCCGGCACCUUCGCAUUCGCAGCGUGAAACUAGCACGGCCAGCGCUCGUACGGGGAGCGGGGCACAGGGUGUGAAGAAGCGUGCGAGUAAUGGGCACUUGUUGCGGGCGGUGGCGGCUGCUAACUCAGCUGCGAUAUCGUCGAGGCCUGUGAAGAACAGUGUCAGCACGGGUAGUUCGAGUGCUACCACUCGAGCUGCGGGAGCGGGGUCGAGGCCAGUAUCUAGUCUCGUGACUACGCGGAAGGCGAGUGAGGAGACAAGGAAGAUGGCGCUGAGAUCAUGACAGAUGUGCGAUCUGUUAGUGAUGGACGGAACGAAGAUGGCGGACGGUAUUUAUCUGUGAAACCUGGCUUUUGUGUGUUGUUGUUUCGUUACGCAUAUUCUUAUCUUCAUCUUCAUGAACAAACACUCACUGUUGCAUUUUCUUGGCUUACGUUCAUCCAUACAACAAAUGCAGUUCAAUCCACAUUACGAUAAUUAUGGCCAGCUAUACAAGCAAGAGCGUGCUAUCCUAGAUGACUCCCCAGCCAUCGCAACAUUAUACAUGCAUGUACUACAGUUUGCUGCUAAUACCACACCUGUAGUAUCACACAUUUGAGCCUGAAAUCGCAGCACUGCGCUCCGGCUCACGAGCAGGACGACGCCUCAGACGCAGAUCCCGCGUCGUCAGCCCCAUCCUCAUCCUUGACCGCCUUUCUCUUGCGCGACGCGCCAGCAGCGGCCUUCUUACCAUUUGGCUUCGGCUUGUCCUUUGUGUUCUUCGCCACGACCGCCUUGAUUUCCGCUGUGAGCUCCUUCUCCAGCUCACCUGCGUCCUGCUCUGAGCCCGAGAGGCGGUUCAGCGACGCGACCUCGGUGCGCCAUAUGUCGAUGCCUUCGUUACUGGGGGUCUCGAGGAU